UUUUCGCGAAAGUUUCGCUCCUGCGGCAGCGAAAUAUUUCAGAAUUUUGAUAGUUUCGCUAGUUUCAGAGCGAAUAUUGGUGUAAGUUUACCUGGAGAACGUACAUUCGCAAAACUUACGGCGAAAGCAAUACAUUAGGGCUAGUUAUCGCAAGUUGCGUUUUUGAAACCGCAGGGGUUUCGCUGCAUAUUUCAAGCUUUCGGUGCAUGUGCAGCUUUCACUUCAAGAAAAAAACCAUCCUUAACUUACAGCAGCUAUCAGCACAAUCCCAUAGCUCAGAUGGUAGAGCGUCGGAUUCGUAUCACCAAGGGUUCAUGUUCGAUCCUCAAGGCAAUCAAUUCUGUUUACGUGGAUUAAACUACUACAUUAGAAAUAUAAACAUUAAUUAAUACUGGAGAUGUUUGGAUUUAUUUAUUUAGAGCUUUUCUUUCUGUAACCAAAUUUGAAUGACAAUUAUCAUUCUCAUAUUGACAUCAAUGUCGACAGCAGACGACGUUGAGUUGAGGUUUGUUGUUGUCCGUCAUUCACUCUUGGUAUUACAUUUCUCUAAAUAUGCCAAUCUGGAAACGUAAUCCCCCUUGCAAAGCCCAAACCAUUCUCACCAACAUGUUUAUUAAUAACCAAAUUCCCCCUGACGCAAGUCCUGCUUCUAUCCAAAAGUUACAUGACGAGUUCGAGCCGUUUAGUUCAUCUGUUUUUCGAGGUGCUUUCAACGAGACUCGCAAUAAGUAUGGGACUGAAUUUGCAGUGAAACGAACUUCUUCAGCAGCCGGAUUUGCCGACUCAGACAGCUGUGCUGGUGGUUCUGGCAGCACUGACUGUCGGCCAAAACGUUUCAAGCCAGAUCCAGAAUUAACCUGUGAUGAUGAAGACGAACUGGACGCAAAAAUUGCACACAAAAACCAACCAGUGCUGAUGACGGUUUACCGUGAUCCCGUCACUGAGCAAGAAAAAGUUUGCAUUGUUGUGUCACUCCCUGGAGGCGCUUCUGAUGUCGAAUUCUCUCUCGUCGGCAGUGGACCAGGCCGUUCUACAGCCAGAAUAACGUACUCCUGGCCCAAAAUCCUGUUUGACAUCGAGGCAAUCUUCAAAAAAGCCAUCACCAGUUCGGAAUUACCAGUUUGUCAUCCCAAAAUUAUUGCCCUGAAAAACGAAUUGAAAAACAAUCGUGAUUCAAUCGACUCCACCCCUAAAGGAUCGAUGGAGUUGACUUUACCGAUCAACUUGGUCUCCGCGAGAGAAGUUACUUAA